AUGAAGCAAUAUCGAUAUCUUUCGCCAUUUUGCUUUCAAGGCAGCACCUCCACUUCACAUAGUUUCAUCACGCCGCUUGCAGCCGCCUCUUCCUUCUCUGAGACUCUUGCUCCAUCGUUACAACAUUCCAGUGUUCCUCUUUCACCCUCACCUUCCAUUUCUUAUCUCGUAAACCCUACUUGUCAAUCUGGCUCUGCUAACCUCAUCAGUAAAGAUAACAAACAGAGUGAAAACGGCCCAGCUGGAGAUCAGAAACCUGUCUAUAGACAGCAAGUAUCUGUUGGCGCUACGCCGUGCACCGAUAUGGAGUGUACAGAAGGUUCGUGA